UUCCUCUGAAGGACAGGUGCUCGGCGUGGACAUCGCAGGAAAGAGCUCCCUGGUACAGUGCAUCAGUCAGGAUCAGGUCUCCUUGCCUACGGUUGUACCUUCCCAGUGAUGGUACUCCCCAGUGAUGGUUCUCCUGGUGCUCCAGUGAUGUCUCUCCUGGUGACAAUAUCAGAUCUCCGUGCCCAAUGAUGGCUCUCCUGGUGCCAAGAUCCGCUCUCCUUGCUGGUUGGGUAUUCGUAAACAAAGCGCCUACCUUGCUUGGUGCAGGCAGGCCAGUGAAACAAAGGAACUCCCGUCUGCCUGUUUUUCCUGAGGAUUCGCCCCCAGUGCCCAGACAGGCCAGUGAAACAAAGGAACUCCCGCCCGCCUGUUUGCCCUGAGGAUUCGCCCCCAGCGCCCGGACAGGCUGAGCUAGGAGUGCACUGCACUACGCCUCUGCCCAUAAUCAUCCUAAUGUAGUGACAUUGCUAUCGUCCAACGACUGUACCGAUAUUAAUAUGAAGGAUGAUGAAGGCUGCACACCCUUAAUUAAGGCCACCCAGCGGGACAACAUAGAGUGCAUCUCUAUACUACUCAUGCACGGUGCUGAUCCCCACAUUAUAGAUGCCAAUGGCGAUGCUGCCCUCCACCACGCCAUUUGCAGAGGGAACAUAACAGUUGUCAGCAAACUGCUGGAGUAUAAUGUAGAUAUUGACACCGAAACAGAGUAUGGGUUGACACCCUAUAAACUCGCUUUAUUUGAAAAUCAACUUAAAAUGGCGGAGUUUUUAAUUGAGAACGGUGCAGAUGCACCUUCGGAGCUUACACCAAAUAGUGGAGGAGCAGCUGCAGUAGAAUCAGAACAAUCAAUGAAAAAGUAUGCCAUCUUCAACCAAGAAGAAAAUUUCAGCACUGACAUAAAGUCUUCUUGCAGUGCAGUAAGACCAGCAAGACAGCUAAAAUCCCUAUUGAAGAAGUCUUUCCAGAUUAAAAGAGGUAGUCGAAGACUAAAAGACCAGAUCUCACUCAGUGAAGGAACAAUGACAAGAGAGCCAGAGAAGAGAAAGAAAAAGUGUGUCACCUUCAACAAAGAAGUACAUUACAAUACCAAUAAGAAGCCUUUUUGCAGGGGCAUACGACCACCUGAAGAGCUGAAACCAAUACUUAAGAAGUCUCUUCAGAUCAGUGGAGAUAAUGGAAGAAAUCAAGACCAAAUCUCACUCAGGCUCUCUGAAAGACCUCAUGUUACAACAGAGGACAUGGCCACCACCUCUGCUAUUAAGGAGGAUAUUGACAACUCUUCCUCCAGGUACACGAUCAUACAGAAACAAAUUUUGUAUUACAAGAAGAUCACUGCAAUGAAGAAACUGGACCAAGCAGGUCUUAGCAAAUCAGUGCUAGACCUAAGUACUCUGGGAGAGGCACUUCCUGAAUUCUCUAGAAAGAAAUCAUUCUUCAUGGUUGAAACAAAGAAGGGAGAAGGUUUCCUUCCUCCACCUAAUGUGCAUGACAUCGUGCCCCAGCCUCCUGCCCAUGCCGAUGCGACAUCAACUUCUCAUGUUAGUGAAAAAGGUGACAAUCGUCAGUCACCUGAGGAAACUACUGUUAAGAACACCAGCGUUAGUGAAAGAGGUGACAGUCGUCAGUCACCUGAGGAAACAGCUGUUAACAUCACCAGCGUUAGUGAAAGAGGUGACAGUCGUCAGUCACCUGAGGAAACAGCUGUUAACAACACCAGCGUUAGUGAAAGAGGUGACAAUCGUCAGUCACCUGAAGAAACUACUGUUAACAACAUCAGCGUGGAUCACACACGUUCUCUAGGUGACGCGUUGCACCCUCAGAAUGCUAAUAUGCGGGUUCUUGCUUCAAGUCCCGCUCACCGCACCAGCUAUGCAGCGAAUACCCCCACCAAGGUUUUUUCAAUUUGGGCAGCAACCACAUCAUUGCUCCUCCUAACAUCGUCAUUAUGGUUGCUGAAGUUGGUGGCUUUGAUGAUGCCGUGGGUAUGGAACCUAAUUUAGAAAUCCUGCACAGUUAAAGUUACAAGGAGCUUAACAAGUUUCUGCUGAAGAACCUAUGAGGAUCUCCUGUCAUCAAGUAACAAACUGUCAGAAACAUUUUUUGAGGUUUUCUUUCAUUUUAUUGUUUGAAGAAUAUUUUCAGUUUACUCUUUGACAUUUUAAUGUAUGUAAUUUAGUUUCUGCUGAAGAACCUAUGAGGAUCUCCUGUCAUCAAGUAACAAACUGUCAGAAACAUUUUUUGAGGUUUUCUUUCAUUUUAUUGUUUGAAGAAUAUUUUCAGUUUACUCUUUGACAUUUUAAUGUAUGUAAUUUAGUUUCUGCUGAAGAACCUAUGAGGAUCUCCUGUCAUCAAGUAACAAACUGUCAGAAACAUUUUUUGAGGUUUUCUUUCAUUUUAUUGUUUAAAGAAUAUUUUCAGUUUACUCUUUGACAUUUUAAUGUAUGUAAUUCAGAUCAUCCAUGUUGCUCAUAUCUUCCCAAUCUCUGUCCUCUGCCUCCAUCCCAUCCCCUAACUUGUCCUCAUCCCAUUUUUGUGUCAUUUAUCUUAAGGAGUGUGACUUCCAGUAGGAUCCCCACAGCCAAGUGCAUGUGGACAUUAUCAGUUGGACUGAGUGAGGUAUUAAAAUAGGGAGGGAGACAUAACAUCCAUCUUUCACUACUUUUGCAGAUAAAUUACAUAUAGUGUUUUGUUCCUUGAAUUACUGGCCAGGCAUUAAAUCAUUAUAUCUUAUCUUAUUCUACAGACCUUAUUAUGCUUUCAGAACAUGUAAAGCUUGCUAAACUUUCAUUCACCAAUUAAACAUGUAUUGUACAUGCAUCCCCAGAGAGAUGGCACAACUCAAGGGGAUACUCAAUUCAAUAGGAAUUUGACUUUUCUAGUGGAACAGACUGAUAAAUUCAGAAAGAUAAAAAAAAUACUUUGCUACUUGGACUUUCUCCCUUAGUCCAUGAUCAGAGGUCUCCUAGUUGUGCAGAAUUCUAAGGAGAUUAAGGAGCUGUAAUGGAGAGCUGAAAGCAGCAAAGGGUCAAAAGUAUUUCCAAGAGGUCAAUAAAUUUAUUAUUCUGCCAUCUGAUAAAAUAUUGAAAUAAAUUUCUGCCUAGAAUGAAUUUCAUGAGAUUUGUAGAAAAUGAAUAGAGUUGUUCAUUUGUAACAAAAGAUGACAAAUAUUAGAUGCCGAGUUUGCCACAUCUUUAUGAAUACAAAUAUAGAUAUGUAUGGGUUCCUUGGCACCCUAUUGUUCAACACUCUGGAAUGAAAAAUUCCACUGAGAAUUGUUGAGGCUAAGAGGCCCAGCUAGGGCUAGAAUAUAAAAAUCAACAUGGCAAAUGUAUGUGGGGGUUUAUUUAUGUAUAUAUGUACAAUUAAAAUACAUGGUCCUUUAAAUGAGCUCAAUUUUAUUCAGAAUGCAUGAUUUUAAAACUGUGUUUUUGAAGAAGCAUGUGGAAUAUACUGCAGGGGAGGAAAGAAUACUAUCAAAAUAUAUCAUAAAAAUAAAUUAUAAUGUAUUUCUGGUAGCAUAUAGUAAUCUAGUUCCCUCUUAGUUCACCGCCUUUUGUAGUAUUCUAAAAAACCUAUUAACCUGUUGUACAUUAUUUUGAAAGAUUAAAGAUAUUAGAACCUUUAAAAAUGAUGUUAUUAUGAUGUUAUUACAUUGACUUUCAAGUGAUAAUCUGUCAGAAAUAUUUUAUAAAAUUUAGAAAUUUUCCUCAUUUGGACCUUGGGAGCUCAGUCCAGUGCUCCAAUGUGGGUCUCUGUCUCUAUCUUCAUCCAUCACCACAUUCAUCAGUGUGGCUAUAGGAUAGGGCCAGUUCAGGCGGCCUCUCCUCAGCUGCUCAAGGAACAAGCUGGGGACAUCUCCUUGGAUACUUGGGAACCUCUCUAGAGUCCAGUCUCUUGCCAACUCUAAAAUGGCUCCCUUAAUUAAGAUAUAUAAUUCCCUGCUCCCAUAUCCUCUCUUCCUCCAUCCCAACCAUCCCAUUCCCCCAA